GGGGCAGUCGGCAACAACCAUUAUAAGACGUAAGACGUGUUGCUUGGCCAGUCGUGACGGGACGUGUCGCGUGGUCUAUAAUUAUUAAAGACGUGAUAAUUAUAUUAAUUAAAAGACGAGAAGACGUAUAAACAUUUUGAUGACGAUUCUAAGACGAAGUUGGUGAUUUUACGAGUUCAUUGUGUACCUAGUUGCUAGUUGAAGGCUGUACUGUGGUGGUGCUCCGCUGUUAAAUGUGCCUAGUCAUUAACCUAAAUCCAUUCAAUCGGUCGGUCAGUGCAAUUAAAGUGCGCCAAAUAUUAUUAAUAUUUAAUAAUGUGUUUUUAUUGUUGAAACCAACCCCCACCCCUAGACAACAAACAAGAAAAGGCCUACAAUUUGGGGGCUCAACCGGGAUCUUGGCGGUAUUUUGCUGGUAUUGGUGGCAUCGCGGCAUUCCUAUUGGCCGGAUAAUGUUGACAUUGAUGUGCGAUUGUGAUGGUUGACGUUGACGUUGAUCGGCGAAGUGCGGGGCAAAGACAUCGUGAAGGCCGUAUCGAUGCAAUAUCGAUACAGUGUUUUUACAUCGGUAUCGAUAAGUGCAACUCUAACCAAAGUUGGUAGUAAGCAUCAAAGCUACUAGAGGGAGCUACUGGAAAGGCGUUGGCGGUUUUUUUUUUUGCUAGAAGAAAAAUUUUUGAAAGUGCUAUUUUUGAUGUCAGAUGAUCGAUGGUGCCCUGGAAAGUGUUUACUUUGAGUGAAAAUUGGGUGUCACUAAUGAUAGAGGAAUGACUACUUAAUUAAGGGUCUCGAAGAUUUACAUUCGGACGAGAGAAUAAUGCAAUUUCUGACCAUCGCCAACACGAUGAUGGCUCAGAACGCCGAUCCGGCCGGCGAAAACCUCUACAGGGCUCGACACUAUUCCGUAAUACCUUUGGGUCCGAGAUCUGGAUUGAUAUCGUGGGUGGACGGGACAACGCCAGUUUUUGCAUUAUACAAGCGCUGGCAACAGCGUGAAUUGGCCAAACCCAACGCUAAAGGUAAGAAUUUGUUCACAAAUUUAAGCAAUUUUCAUAAAAAUCUGAACCAACCUCCAAAAAUUCGAUUUUUCUUCAUUUUUCUGAGCAACACCACAGUUCCUCGGCCUUCUGAGCUCUUUUACAACAAACUCGUUGAGCAUGGAGUGAGCAACAUCGAGAACCGCAAAGAGUGGCCUCUGGCGGUGCUUAAAGAAGUUCUGACAGAGCUCACAAACGAAACGCCUAGCGAUCUGAGAAUUGUGGUGCACCGCCGUGUCGGCCAAUGCCUGGUGGCAAGUGGUCAAACGGUACUCGUACAGUGUUGCCGUCAUGAGUAUUAUUGGUUACAUUAUUGGUUUGGGCGACCGGCACUUGGACAACGUCCUGAUCGAUUUAUCCACCGGUGAUGUCGUCCAUCCACAUUGACUACAACGUGUGCUUCGAAAAGGGGAAAACUUUGCGUGUGCCAGAAAAAGUGCCCUUCAGGCUUACGCCCAACAUCAGAGACGCGCUGGGAGUUACAGGAGUCGAAGUAAGAAAUUCAGUUAUAAAAUUGUAAAUUUGGCAACAUCGCAUGACUCUUGAUUUCGUUUAAAAUGAAGUGAUAUCUCAGAUUUACAUUUGACAACGUUGCAUAACUGUAUCUUGAUGUAAAUUGAAUUAUUUCGUGUGAAAUGGAUUGAUUCUUUUGGAAUUUACCCACAAAAUAUACAUUUGGCAACGUCACAUUACUAUAAUUUGAAAAAUUUAAAAAUUUUAAAACACUUUUCUACAAAUGAUAAAAUAAUUUUAGUACAUUAUUUGAUCUAGAACUUUGAACUCUAAAAAAAUUCAAAAAUAUAAAAAAACUUAAAAAGAAUUCAAAAAACUUGAAAAAUUAAAAAAUUUCUAGAAAAUUUACAAUGUCCAAAAAAUUCAUAAAUGUGGCAAUUUCAAAAAAAUUCAAAACUUUGAAAAAAAUCAAAUUAAAAAUUCAAAUUAAAAAAUAGAAGGAUUAUAAAAAUUCGAAAAAACAAGGAAAAUUCAAAAAUUUCCAGAAAAUUUAAAAUGUUGAAAAAAUUCAAAAAUUAAAAAAAUAUUGAAAAAUUCAACAAAAUUGAAAAGUUGAAAAAUAUGCAAAAAUUUAAGAAAUUUCAAAAAAAUUCAAAACUUUACAAAAAUUCAUAAUUUUGAAAAAUUCAA